GUCAUUUCCAUUACUUACGAAAAACGGGAAAUUGUAUUUUAAGUUUUAAAGUAAAUUAACCUCAUGUGAAAUCAAUCACAAAACACAAGCAUCUAAGCUAAAUAAUUUAUAGAAUCAUUAAACAAAUUGUACGAUGGCCGAUCCCGAAGAAAAUGUCCAUCGUUUGGAGGGAACUUCUGGUGACACCCCAGGUGGUUUAAUCAUAAGACAAAAGGAUAAACCUGCAGAUUUUCAAUUUGCCAAGCCUUCCUUACUGGGUCUCGAUAAACUAGCUGCUGCGAAACGUAAGCAGAAUCGCCUUAUAUCGUUCCAAAACGAAGAAAACGAGGACGAAGGAACGAAUGUGGAUAAUGUGGUGAAAGAACGUAAAUACAGAAAGCACAAUGAAGAAACUCCCACAUAUACUGGCGGUAUAUCAGAGCAGGCACGGGAAAGACUCAUUGAGCGAAUGCAGAAAAGAGAAAAGCAAGUAAAGGAAAAAGGUGUACACAAUUCUACUCAGGAAGAAAAGAAAACACAGGCCAAAGAUGAUGAUGAUUAUUAUCGUCAUUAUCACAGACACGAUAGAAGGAACAAUGACUACAGAAGGAAUCAGGAUAGAGAUAGGAGGCGAGACAGGGAUGGGGACAGUAGAGAUAAGGAUAGAAAUAGAAGUGACAGAGAUAGAAGAGAUCGUGAUAGUGAAAGGAGUAGUUCAAGAAGAAGUUAUUACAAUCCUAAAUUUAAAGAUGAACCCAAAACCCCAAGUAUUAGUGUUCUAAAGCCAACAGAAAAGACUGCCUGGGAUGAUGAUGAUGAUGACCCAAGGUCUACAGUACGCAAAUCCAGCUGGGACUUUCCAACACCUCUGCCUAGGGACUAUGAUCAGCGUAGCGAAAGAGGCAAUAGAACAAUGCGGGAUUAUAAAGGCAGACCGUAUGAGAAUACUCCUAGGGCCACACCGCAUAAGUUUGCGAGUUCUAGAAGAAUAGUAGAUGUAGACGAUCCUGAUUGGCAAGAAGCAGAAAAGAAAUUAGAUAGAGAUUGGUACAACAUGGGAGAAGGUGAAGCCGAUGAAUCGGAUCCGUUCGGCAACACGAGCGCGGAGUACAUGGCGCGCAAGGAGGAACAAAUAGAGAAACGUCGCAACAGGAAGGUGUCCGCUCAGAGACAGCAAAUAGACAAGGACAACGACCUCUGGGAACGGAACAGGAUGCUGACGAGCGGGGUCGUCCACGCCAUCAACGUCAACAACGAUAUGGAUGAGGAGAGUGUUGACCGCGUCCACCUGCUGGUGCACAACAUCGUGCCUCCAUUCCUCGACGGAAGAAUAAUAUUCACGAAGCAGCCGGAGCCCGUGAUACCGGUAAAAGAUCCUACAUCGGAUAUGGCGGUAAACGCACGCAAAGGCUCGGCCUUAGUGAAAGCAUUCCGAGAACAAAAGGAGAGACGAAAAGCUCAGAAGAAACAUUGGAAAUUAGAGGGAACCAAACUAGGCAAUAUCAUGGGAAUACAGAGGGAAAAAGAAGAACUCGAAGAUGGUCCUACAAGAGAAGCUUACAAAUACGCGGAGCAUUUAGAUAAAGAAGCUCAGGAACCGGAAUCGAAGUCGGACUUCGUGAAGAAGAUGUCCAUAUCGGAACAGAGGCGCUACCUGCCCGUGUUCGCCGUCCGCGAGGAGCUGCUGCAGGUCAUCCGGGAGAACAACGUCGUCAUCAUAGUCGGCGAGACGGGUAGCGGCAAGACCACGCAGCUCACGCAGUACCUGCACGAGGAGGGGUUCAGCCGGCUCGGCAUGAUCGGGUGCACGCAGCCGCGCCGCGUCGCCGCCAUGUCCGUCGCCAAGCGGGUCUCCGACGAGAUGCACACGCGCCUCGGUGACGAGGUCGGGUACGCCAUACGGUUCGAAGACUGCACAUCUCCGAGCACGGUCAUCAAGUACAUGACGGACGGCAUCCUGCUCCGCGAGGGACUCCGGGAGCCGGACCUGGACAACUACUCCGCCAUCAUCAUGGACGAGGCUCACGAGCGCUCACUGUCCACCGACAUGCUCUUCGGGCUGCUGCGGGAGGUAGUAGCUCGUCGCUCCGACCUGAAGUUGAUCGUCACGUCAGCCACGAUGGAUUCGACUAAGUUCUCGACGUUUUUCGGUAACGUGCCGACUUUCACCAUCCCCGGCAGGACCUUCCCCGUGGAGACGUUCUUCUCAAAGAACCCGUGCGAGGAUUACGUUGACGGAGCUGUCAAACAAGCUUUACAAAUUCAUCUGCAGCCAGACGAGGGCGACAUUCUGAUAUUCAUGCCUGGUCAGGAAGACAUCGAAGUUACGUGCGAGGUAUUAACAGAGAGACUGGGCGAUUUAGACAACGCGCCCCCCCUGACCGUCCUGCCGAUAUACUCUCAGCUCCCCGCUGACUUGCAGGCGAAGAUAUUCCAGCGAGCGCCGCCCGGGCAGAGGAAAUGUAUCGUCGCCACCAAUAUAGCAGAAACGUCACUGACCGUGGACGGGAUCAUGUACGUCAUAGACUGCGGAUAUUGCAAGCUGAAGGUUUACAACCCGAGGAUCGGUAUGGACGCCUUGCAGAUAUAUCCGGUUAGCCAGGCCAACGCCCGGCAGCGGGCGGGCCGAGCCGGGCGUACCGGCCCGGGCAAGGCCUUCUGUCUGUACACGCAGCGGCAGUACCAGCACGAGCUGCUGGCGUCCACUGUGCCGGAGAUACAGAGGACGAAUCUGGCAAACACCGUGUUGUUGCUUAAGUCCUUGGGCGUUGAAGACCUACUAGCCUUCCACUUCAUGGAUCCCCCACCACAGGACACGAUCCUGAACUCGAUGUACCAGCUGUGGAUCCUGGGCGCGCUGGACGGCACGGGCUCGCUGACGGCGCUCGGGCGGCAGAUGGCGGAGUUCCCGCUGGACCCGGCGCAGUGCCACAUGCUCAUCGUGGCCGCCGACAUGGGCUGCAGCGCCGAGGUGCUCAUCAUCGUGUCGAUGCUGUCGGUGCCUUCAGUCUUCUACCGUCCUCAAGGUCGCGAGGAAGAAGCCGACGCAGUCAAAGAGAAAUUCCAAGUUCCCGAAUCAGAUCACUUGACCCUCCUACACUUGUACAACCAGUGGAAAUCAAACAACUACUCCAGUCAGUGGUGCACGGAGCACUUCGUUCACGCCAAGGCGAUGAGGAAAGUGCGCGAGGUUCGCCAGCAGCUGAAGGACAUUCUGCAACAGCAGCGGCUGCCGCUCGUGUCCUGCGGCACUGACUGGGACACCGUCAGGAAAUGCAUCUGUUCAGCUUACUUCCAGCAGGCGGCGCGGCUGAAGGGCAUCGGCGAGUACGUGAACUGCCGCACCGGCAUGCCGUGCCACCUGCACCCCACCUCGGCGCUGUUCGGGCUGGGCUGCAGCCCCGACUACGUGGUGUACCACGAGCUCACCAUGACGGCGCGCGAGUACAUGCACUGCGUCACCGCCGUGGACGCGCGCUGGCUGGCCGAGCUGGGGCCCAUGUUCUUCUCCGUCAAGGAGACCGGCAAAUCGAAUCGAGACAAGCGUAAAGAGGCAGCGGUCCACCUCCAACGCAUGGAAGAAGAGAUGAAGGAGGCCGAGGCCAAAAUGGCAGAAGAUCGCAAGAAGAAAGACGAAGACGUUCCCGUGAAGCAGGAGGUGGCCACUCCGGGGCUGGGCACCCCGCGCCGCACACCGCAGCGCCUGGGCCUGUAGCGGCCCGGGGACAACAUUAAAACACUCUUGCAGUUGAA